AUGGUGAGGAAGACAGUUAUGGAUUUGGGUGCAAAUAUGUCGUCUUUCAUCUCAAAUAUUGCAUCUAAUGUGUUGUAUCCUGCUGCAUCAAAGCAGUUUUUGAUUUUAUGGAUUAUAUAUGAUCAGAAUCAUGGAGUUCCUUUUCCUCCUCAACCACCACCAGUAGUUGGAGGGCUUCCACCACAACCGCCCGCAGGAGGCCCACCACCACCACCACCAGAUGGUGCUAAUCUUCCUCCACCACCUCCAGUAGCUGAAGGUCCUGCACCAGUUUCUGGUGGUCUUCUACCAGUGGCUGUUGGUCCUCAAUCAGUUGCUGGUGGUCCUCUACCAGUGGAUGGAGGUCCGCUUCCAGUGGCUGGUGGUCCUCUACCCAUAGCUAGAGGUCCUCCACUAAUGGCCGGAGGUCCUUCACCAGUUGAUGGAGGUGCUCCACCAGUUGCUGGUGGUCCUCCACCAGUGGAUGGAGGUAUUCCACCCCUGGCUUGA